GUGCAGUUCUUCCAGUCUGCCAGUCAGAGAGCAUUCCAGAGGAGGAAAUAUCUUAACAAAGCCCUUUGACCGUUUUAUUUCUUCAAGCCAGAAAAUGCCUGAUCUUUAUUUCUGCAAAAGACAACAAGAUUGAUUUUAAUCUUGAGGAACAUAGUCAUGAUACAUCAACCAGCCCAGAACCAACCAGGGUGUCCUGCUGCUUUGGAGCCUGAUGCUCUGCAUAUUGACCUGCCACAUGCUGAUCCAGAAAAAGUUUAUUUUACCAUUCUCAAAUGUUUGGUACAAAUAAGUCCACAGCAUUGGGAGUUUAUAAGACAUGGGUUGGUGACUGGUGCGGCAAUGACUGUGCUGGCCAGUUCUUGCAUGGAUAUGAUCCAGGUUUUUGCAGAGGCCAUCCUGGAUGUUUUGAUGCCACAGGUCUACAGAUACAUGAAAACCUAUAGCACCUUUUCUGUAUUUGUCCUUGGUCUUACUGAGGACCGAAUCCACAGCUACCUGGGAGAUUCUAUUGAACGGGGGCUGGCUAAAGCACUGGACAUCAAGGUGCAACAUUUUGAGGCCACCAAGAAGUUCUACCAGUUGCUUUUGAGACACAUUUCAAAGGCGGUCAACUCAGUCUUGGCUUUGACCACUCAGGCUCCCACCUUUGAGUCCAUGCUCCCAGUGUUUUUUGUCAGCGGCUGUGUGACUUCAACUGGAGAACUUUUUGAUAUUGUUCGACAGUUUGCCACCAUACUGACAGAAGCCCUCAAAGUUCGGCAGCGUGCAAUGUGGAACCUGAAUGAAUCGUAUGAACCAGGCAGAUUCGUGUUAACCCCCUAUUUCUAUUUCCAGUCCAAAAGUGACUUAAAUGAAUUGGUGAAGGCUUACAUCUCUCGCAUGGUGAAAAUCCUAAAAAGUGCUCAAAUGCCAAACUGUGUAACAAGCUCUAGCGACCAUAAAGGUGUUUGUAUUCGAGUUGGCACAAACACACAAAUGUUGACUGUGGAAGACAUGGAUUCAGAUGGACAAGAGUCUGCCAUGUCAUCCUGUUGUGAUUCAGAUGGUAUACCAGGUGCCGUGCCUGAUAGCGGCAAUACUGAGUCCAAUACUGAGAGCUGUCCCUUUAGUUCAGCUACAGUAAUUGCUGCUCAUCAUUCAGGUCCCAAUGAGAUGGAGUCGAUAAAAAAUAUAGCUGACGAACUGGUACAAGCAUUUUCAGCAGAAGAUUUGCCAGGCUCAGUGCAGGGAGACAGUAGUCAAUCAGUCCACAGUGGGCUGGAUGUCAAAGACAAAGGUAAACUAAGAGAACUCACGGACAGAAUUUUCAAUUUGGUGAUGAGUGGACAUGACUACCAGAUUCCGAUAGUGGCAGUUGAAAUACGCAUGUGCGACAUUGUGACCUAUGGAAAGCUGAGGGGAGAGGGUCUCAUUGCACAUGCUCUGUACCUGAGGACAGAGGAGGUUGUUACUCGUUGUGCUAUGCAGGUUCAGCUGUGGUCAGAAGUAUACUCGGAGCAGUUGGAUUCUGAAGAAUUUUCUGUCUCUGAUAACUCCAUAUUUGGACCAAGGAUUGUUGUAGGAGACCAUUUGGAAGAAGUGGUAGAAAGUUCUACUUCAAGUAGUUUAUCACAGGAUAUUUCAGAUUCUAACAUGACAUAUGAAGUUAACGAUGAGCUUCACCAUGACUUGUUUGGAGUCACUGUUCCUCAAGGCCUGAUGACUCUGCUUGUUGAGGAGAUGCUCACUGUCAUCGGUAUUAAUAACAUUGAAACUGUGUUGCACUUGACAAGCAAUGCAAUUAUACAGCUUGAAGAUGGGGACCUGCGCGAACACUUCCACUUUGGUCGGAGUUACAAAGCCAUUUCCCAGGCUGUCAUUAGAGAUCUGCUGGAGUUAAGUUCACUACAAGAGCUGCAGGAGGCAGUGAGGUCAAUGGAUCCCGGUUUAAAGGAGGCUAUUUUGAGAGCACUGAAGAAACAGGAAACUGUGCUGCAACAAAAAGAGCACUAG